ACGUACCGAGCGUCUCCCUAUAAACCCGUGCAAUAAAAUCAGGUUUUUAUGUGAGAUAUCUAUACGUCAUCCCAGUGGUUUGUAACUUGAACUUGGCGAGAGCGGUGCGUGAAUAUUUCACGGUCAAGGGGAAAUGAAUCUUCAGCCGUAGCAAUAAAGGUGAAAGUCUUACGAUGGCAGUCAACAGCCCUAGCGGGUAUCCUCCACUCUCCCCAAAGCCACUCACACCGAAGAGUCCCCGCCACUUCAUAUUCCCUCAAAAGAGUCCUUCCAUAACAUCUAGCACGUCCUCUUCGGGUUAUUUUACUCCACAAUCCGGAUGCAGUUACGAUAAACAUGGUCCGCCUAAAAGUCCAAUCGCUCACGGUCAUCGCAGCCCAGCAAGUCCAAGGCACUUCCACUUUCCCCAAGUUGCAGAAUCGCCUUCCGAACGCACGAGUCCCAGCAACUUCGAUCGACCACACCACGGUCUUCACUACACUACAUCUCUUAAACACAGCCGUCGUGAAAAGUCCAGAUCACCCAAGCCACCUCCAGUGCAUAUCCAUACAAACCCUGGCUACGUUUCUCCUAAUAGAAUGAGGAAACUAUAUGGUUCAACUUCCACAGUGAGUUCACCUCGGCUGGUGACCUCUCCAAGCAUUAUAUCAAGUCACACGGAUGACUCUACGGAUGCGAUGCCUGGUACACCGUCCGCAAUCGUCAAUGACGCGGACGAUGAAGCCACAGAAACUUCUUCGAGGAUCUGCCGAAAAUCCACUUCAGACUUAACAGAUUUGACUGAAGAUACACCUCAGACACGGUCAACGAGCAUCAGUAGACCAUGUUCACCAAUGCGAAAAGGUUCAAUGAAGGGAGGAUUAGCGUAUUUGGCUAGUAGACGGGGUUCGCGGGAGUCAACUAUGUCGAAUUGUGAUUCAGUGGAAGACAUUGGGCCCCUCAAUUUUCAAAAUACGAUGCGUGGUCGACAAAGGCGGACCUCUAAUUUCUUGGAAUUACCAGUUGUAGAGCACUCAAGACCAAGGGUGUGCUCAUUACCAGAGAAACCUUACAACCCUCGGAUAUCAGAUGAUCUCUACAGGCUGAGAACAUUCUCUAUCACCACCAAAGGCGGCGUUGUGAAUUGCGGUGACUCCAUUUGUAACCGCCGUAGUAGAUCCAAUACUUCUGUUAACUCUACGAAUAGCAGAGCAUCAGAUAGAUCGCCAUUCGACGGUUCGUGUUGCUCGGGCUAUCGGCCAGUCGACUCCGCCAGCCUUGAUACCCCCGACGAUGAUGAACUAGAUCCAAUACCAAAAUAUCGAGUGGUACUUCUGGGAGAUUCCGGUGUCGGGAAAACUGCUUUAGUGUCUCAGUUCAUGACGUCAGAAUACAUGAACACUUACGACGCGAGUCUGGAUGAUGAGUUUGGAGAAAAGUCAGUGUCGGUGUUGUUGGAUGGCGAAGAGUCAGAGCUAAUAUUCAUCGACCAUCCAAGUACAGAAAUGUCGGUGGAAAACUGUCUAUCGACUUACGAACCACACGCCUGCGUGGUUGUUUACUCUGUGGUUGCCAAGAGCUCAUUUAUCAGGGCUAACGAACUAUUGUCGUACCUAGCAAGAGAGCUAUUCACUGUAGAACGGACAGCUGUGCUUGUGGGGAAUAAAGCGGAUCUGGCGAGGGCUCGGCAGGUCACUACUAAUGAGGGUAAAGCUUUGGCUACGUCAAAAGAUAGCAAAUUUAUCGAGACCUCGUCUGGAAUACAGCACAAUGUUGAUGAACUUCUGGUUGGAAUUUUAAAACAGAUACGGCUGAAGGAAAGCCGUGAAAAGAAGCAAGCAAAGAAAAUUGCGAAACAGCAGGAAACAAAGCCUUCGAAACUGGCAAGCUCUCGCACCCACAUCUCUCUCAGCAUUGCACGGGAGCUCCUUCAGAAGAUCUGCAUUAACGACAUAUCUAAAUCCAAGUCCUGUGAAAAUUUACACGUUCUUUAAACUUUAAGAAAACUACUUCCUAAGUACUUAUUUAGAUAUUUCUUUACGAUUUAUGUAAAGUCAGAAAGACUUCUUUUUCUCGUGAAAAUCUUUUUUUGGUGUUACAAUGUAUACCUACCAACGUUUCCGAAUUUCAACUAAUAACGAAAAUUUUCAGGUUCUAACAUUAUUUAUUUUACAGUGAGUUGGUGAUAACUAUGUACCUAAUUGCAUGUAUGUAGAACUAAAUAGUCAUUGCACGUAGAUGGAUAAUGUAUUGAGUUCCAACAAUAUCCAUUCCAUUAAUUGCAGCAAUGUUAAGUAACUAUUUAUUAGGUAUCAUUGGCUAUACACUAAUCUCACUCCUGCAAUUAAUUUGACAAACAUCCCCAAGCAUUGCAUGAAAUGUCUAAUCUAGUAGGAACGAUACAAUUAAAUUGUUGUUUAAAACAGUUAAAUAUUUUGUGAUUGUUUCUAAAAUGACGCAACGGAUUUCUUCGGAAUAGAAAAAAAAAGCGUUAUGAUAUAAGUGAAAAAUGGUUAUCCUAACCGAUAUUUAAUAAUUUAAACUAAUAUACCAAUCAAGAUAGUCAGUUGUUGUUACUUUUACAACCCACUGAGAGGUACCAUAAAUCGACUUUCCGCACGUCAUCAUAAAUUUGGGCUUAAGAAAGUCCAAAUAACUUGUGAUUAUUGUUCGUGAAUGCCAUUUAAAAGUAACUAAAUUAAACUCGCAUAAUACGAGUUUUUAAAC